ACCUCCAUUACCCGCCCAUGAACAAACCCAAACCUCUCCUUUUCCAUCUCUUUCACUUAAAUCUCCCCCCUAAACCUCUCUUCUCCAACCCCAUUCACCUCAUGGCACUUUCCCAAACUCAAACCCCAACCACGCACUCGGAUCCACCCCAAAACGACGACUCCGACGACCUCCUUUGCUCCAAUCCACGGCAUAACCACGAGGAACAGUGUUCUUCUUCCCUCGAUGAAACGCCGUCGUCCAUAAGUUCUACGGGGAAGUACCUAAUCGGAGUCUCGCGGUUUGAGAGAGCAUGGGCUCAUUGGACCAAGCUUGGUCGUCCGAAGUUUAUCGUUGCCCCCAUGGUUGACAACUCGGAGCUUCCGUUUCGUAUGCUUUGUAGAAAAUAUGGGGCUGAGGCUGCGUAUACGCCCAUGUUACAUUCGCGUAUUUUUACAGAGAACCCAAAGUACCGUUCUGAAGAAUUUACUACUUGCAAGGAGGACCGUCCAUUAUUUGUCCAAUUUUGUGCAAAUGAUCCUGAUAAAUUACUUGAAGCUGCAAGGAGAGUUGAAUCUUAUUGUGAUUAUGUCGACAUUAAUCUGGGCUGUCCGCAACGGAUUGCUAGACGAGGGUAUUACGGAGCUUUCUUGAUGGAUAACCUUCCUCUUGUGAAAUCUUUAGUGGAAAAACUGGCUUUGAAUCUUAAUGUGCCUGUUUCCUGCAAAAUCAGAGUGUUCCCUAAGUUAGAGGACACACUGAAAUAUGCAAAGAUGCUGGAAGAUGCUGGUUGCUCUCUUUUAGCUGUUCACGGCCGAACAAGAGAUGAGAAAGAUGGGAAGAAGUUUCGAGCUGAUUGGAAUGCCAUUAAGGCUGUUAAAAAGGAGCUUAGAAUCCCAGUUCUUGCCAAUGGGAAUAUUAGGCAUAUGGAAGAUGUUGAAAACUGUUUGGAAGAGACAGGUGUCGAUGGUGUGCUUUCAGCUGAGACCCUUCUUGAGAAUCCUGCACUUUUUGCUGGCUUCCGGACAGCUGACUGGGUAGCAGGUAAUGAGAAAGACUAUGUAGAUGGAAAGCUAGACCAGGCGGAUCUUGUGGUAGAGUAUUUGAAGCUUUGUGAAAAAUACCCUGUCCCAUGGAGGAUGAUUCGAUCUCAUGUUCACAAAAUGCUAGGAGACUGGUUUAAGCUUCAGCCACAAGUUAGAGAGGAUCUAAAUGCUCAGUCCAGACUGACAUUUGAAUUUCUAUACAGUCUGGUGGAUCGGUUACGGGAGUUGGGUGUAAGAGUUCCACUUCAUCAAAAGGAUACUUCAGCAGCCAGAGACUCGGUUGAGGUCGUUGCUAUUUGAUUAGCCGGACCAAAGUUAAUCGAAUUGUAGGUGCGUAGAAUAUGGGAAAAUCAGACUCUACCACUUGAUUUGUCAUUCUUCCUGAAUUUGAACAACAAUAUUAAGUUUUUAACCAAUGAGUUGGAGAAGCAGGAGGGUUUUUGAGAUAAAAAGAAAGAAAACCCUAAAGAUUUAUUUCUGUAAAAGAUUAUGAAUUUACUAUUGUAUUAUCUUCCCCUCGGUGGGGUAAACCUUAUAUGUAAGGCAUUGUUGUUUGCUAGAACAUUGAAAACAGUUUAUUCAAUUUGCUAUAGUACACCCCGAAAUUUAGAAGAUU